AUGGUGUCUUUACGCUCGGCUACAAUACGCCAAAGAGGAUUGCUGGACUCAAGCGCUACAACUGGACAAUCGAGCCAUCUGCCGUUUCAAUUCAACACUCGGAAAUGGCGUUGGUGGAAUUAUGUAUCCGCCCUUGUUUCAAUCAUUGCAUGCGUCGAGCUGAUACUACUUGUGGUCAGCAUGAUAUUGCUAGCACUGGCUCCAGAUCCAAUUACAUUUAGUGUACAACAAACCUAUCCCAAAAUACCUUACCAGCCACUCGACACUACCAUGGCCAUCACACUCGCUCCGGAUAGCAACGUGUAUCAUGUCACCAAGGAGUUCGGACCCGCCACCAUGGGAGGCAUGGGCACAGUGCUCACUGCCAUGACUCAAGCACAAUUACGCACUGGCAAGAUACAGCCCAAUGUUGUACUACCGUUUUACUCGUUCCUAAAGAAACAAGAACAAUAUCCAAUCAAAAAGACAGUUGAUCUAGUCAUUACCUUUCGAGACGACCAUCAGCAGCCUGUCAAUGUCGAGUUUAAAGUGUCUGAAAUGCAGUAUGAUUUUGAGCCUAUAUCCAACUUUAACACCUUGCCUGAAGAGGACAAGUUAGCCAUCAUGGCGGCCAGACAGACAAAACCCAAGAUCAAGGUCUUUCUGAUCGGACCUGGUAAAGUGGAACCGUUGCGCAAAGCAUUCAGAGCAGGAUCCAUCACGCAAAUCUACUCAUCGCCCAAGGGACUACCGCAAGAAUGGAAGGACCAGUAUUUCACUAAAGCAGCAGCCUCCUUUUUGGUGUGGCGAGCUGCUGGAAAGCACGAGCAAUCCCUGUUUGCGCCACUCACCUCACAACAGCCCAAAGUAGAUGUUGUUCACUUGCACGGUGCCACAAAUGCUUAUGUCGCCAAAUUCCUGUCUGAAUACGAGGGCCAGUUGGGUGCUGCACCUCCAGCCAUUAUAUACACCAUGCACGACUAUUUAGACGAACUACAAUAUACAAAUACAUUGCCCAAUGUGGUGAGGUUCCUGAACACACCGAGACAAGGCAAGGAUCUAAAGCAGGAAGUGCAGGAUGUGCUGAUGCCAUACACAUUUGGCAGCAACAAGAUGUUCAUGUCACCCAUGGCAGUGGAUAUAGCGGAUACAGUGACCUUUGUCAGCCAAACCAUGGCCAAGGACAUGGUGGAAGGCAAACUGGACUUUUACCUCAAGGAAGUAGUGAUGGAGAACAUUCUACGAAAGGCCGAGCGUGGACAGUUUUAUGGUGUCAGUAACGGUGUGGAUUUUGAUGGCAGCGUUAAUCCUUUCACAGAGCGCAAACUUGUGGAGGCUGGCCUGCACUACUCUGAUUUUGCCCGUACGCUGAUCAAUGCGAAAUUGGACUAUGCCAAUGACAUGGCAGACGCCACAGUAGCCACAGCAGCCAAACAUUGGAGUCUGUCUGCCUUUCAUGCGGAUUAUGUGACCAAUGCCAAGCAGAAGGCCAAGCAGUUUCUGGUAGAUCAGGGCUUACUCUAUGCUGCUGAUGUAGACCGACCACUUGUGCUGUACGUUGGACGAUUUCAAUACAACAAGGGAUUGGAGACGUUUGAAGACGCCGCUCGACUGUUUAAGCUACAUGAUAUGAAAUUUGCCAUUAUUGGACAACCCAACAAUUACCCCUUGAGCUGGGUAAAACGACUGGCCGCUGGUGAUCCCGAGAAUAUUGUGCUGAUGACACAUACCAGCGAACAACGCAAAUGGCUCAUCUAUUUUAGAGCAGCAGCAGACUUUGUUUAUGUGCCUAGUGUCACAGAGAGCUUUGGUUUGGUGGCAGCAGAAGGCCUCUUGUUUGGUUCGUCAGUUAUAUCUACAGGCACAGGUGGAUUGGCAGAAUUCCUGGUGGAUCGACAACUGGACAGUGAAGCACCCAGCGAAAUUGUUUCUGAGCAGCUGGUAGAGAGUCAUUAUCGAUUCAAUGCUUACUUGUUUGAUGCACUAGCUACAACUGGAGACAAACAACUCUCACAAGCCAUUAUGAGAGCAGCAACGGAUUAUGAACGCAUGCGAGGCAUACCAGCGCUACAUGAGACCUAUGUGCUAAGAAUGAUGUUGAGUGCGUACAGCUUGGGUUGGGAAAGAGCCGGACCAGAGCAAGGACCUGUGUACGACUAUCUACGCAUCUAUCAACAGGCGAUAUAUGAUAGACGAUCCAAAAGCUCGUUUGCGCUGGCAGGCGAUGAUUUAGACGAGAGGAGAUAA